GGUUAGAACAUAUCACUCAAUGCAGAGGAGGUCUUCACGUAGCACGAAUGUGAAAUGAAGAGCUUCUCUAACUACCGUUUUAGAGCUUGUUUGUGAAAGCACGAGCUAAAGCGUAAGUGGGCAUGGCCGGAGGAACGGGGGAUUUGCAAAUGCAGAGCGUUUCAGAGAGCUCUCCCAUCUUCAAAAAUUUGCACACCAGAGAGUAUAUCAGUCACAAAAAGAAGGUACAUUCUGUUGCUUGGAAUUGUACUGGAACCAAGCUUGCUUCAGGUUCUGUUGAUCAGACAGCUCGCGUUUGGCACAUUGAGCCACAUGGUCAUAGUAAGGGCAAGGAUUUAGAAUUAAAAGGGCAUGCUGAUAGUGUUGAUCAAUUAUGUUGGGACCCAAAGCAUUCCGAGUUGGUUGCUACUGCCUCUGGAGAUAAGACUGUGCGUCUUUGGGAUGCUCGCAGUGGAAAAUGUUCUCAGCAGGUUGAACUCAGUGGAGAGAAUAUCAACAUUACUUUUAAACCUGAUGGAACGCAUAUUGCUGUUGGAAAUCGGGAUGAUGAAUUGACCAUAAUUGAUGUCCGUAAAUUCAAGUCAAUUCACAAACGUAAAUUUAACUAUGAGGUGAAUGAGAUCGCCUGGGAUACAACUGGAGAGCUUUUCUUUCUUACAAUAGGAAAUGGAACAGUUGAAGUGCUUGCAUAUCCUUCUCUUCAACAGUUUCAUACGCUUGUUGCUCAUACUGCGGGUUGCUACUGCAUUGCUAUUGAUCCGACUGGAAGGUACUUUGCAGUUGGAAGUGCAGAUGCUCUUGUCAGCCUAUGGGAUCUUUCUGAGAUGCUGUGUGUGCGGACCUUUACGAAGCUAGAGUGGCCAGUGAGGACAAUUAGCUUUAAUCACGAUGGGCAAUACAUAGCUUCAGCCAGUGAAGAUCUCUUUAUUGAUAUAGCUGACGUUCAGACUGGACGAACGGUGCAUCAAAUACCCUGUCGAGCAGCCAUGAAUAGCGUUGAGUGGAAUCCAAAGUACAAUCUUUUGGCAUUUGCAGGAGAUGAUAAAAAUAAAUAUCAAGCAGAUGAAGGUGUGUUCAGAGUUUUUGGCUUUGAAUCCCCGUGAUCUCACACGUCACAUAGUUUCACUUAGACCUUUGUGGAAAUUAAUGAGAUUAAUACCUAUGGGAUGGCUUUGAGGAGUCUGGUUUUUGGCUGAUAUUGCAGGAGAGAUUGCAGAUUGCACAAUCUUAUAUCGCAUUCUUGUAUUUAAUGGAAAACUUUGAAGUUUAAUGCCAAGAGCGAAUUUUUUUAAUAUUUUUACCUAUCUAAUAUUAAAGAAGUUUUGUGUAGCACAUAGAAGAAAGUGCUGUGUGAUUUUGUACACACCCGGUGACAUAUUCGUUGAGUUUGGCUUGUAAUUUUUAGCUUUCUUUAAGGGGAUUGUUUCUGAGGGGCCUAUUUCAAGAAUAGAACUUUGUCAGUUGUAAAUAUGUUUUUCUUAUUCACCCAAGCUUACAGGUUACCUCAAAAUAUUGGAGAACUGUGAAUUUGUUAUUUUUUCAGCGUGAAAUGUCAGUUUCAUUACAUAUAGAACUGGUUUAUAAUAUCUCACUAGCUGUAAAAUACAUGUACUACAUAUGCGAGUAAAUGCUCCACUCGUUCCCUAGGCUUCUGCUGCAUUCAGCGUAACGGCACAUUAAUUUGUGUCAGCAAUGCCGGUAAAAUUGCUCCAUACAGAAAAUUUUAGGAACUGUAAAAGUGCUUGUUACUAGUUGGAGGUAACAAUAUGUCUGAUCACUGAUCAAAAUGUUUCCAUUUGCUGAAAUGUCUUAAAAAAUAGACCAGAGAAACAUAAAAAUUGUGUAUGAUAGAUUAUAUAUGAGAAGAAGAAGAAAUAAUUGUAACGUCUACAAGACUAAACAUGGCCUAUGGGACAGCCUGUCUAAUCAAACCGACUUUUGCAAUUCAAUCCUUUUCCUA